CUUCGAUAAACAUGAUGAGCAGGUCCCAUCCACCCCAACAGUCAGUUGCCUUCCCGUUUGCACAUAAUCUGCCACAAAAAGGGUGGCGCAGUGCAGGGUGCCACUUAAGAAGCCUGCCACACUCACCUCUGAAACGAGUGCCGGCAUGCGCUAUGACACCGAUGCUUAGUCCUUCAUUCUACAUCACACCCUAUUGAGUCGCGAUCUCAGCAUGCCGUCCACAAUGCGGAGUCAAGCUGCUCGAACACUCUCUGCCAGAUCCAGUGCUGUAUCAGAUGGACCACAUCGACAAAUUGGGCUGGCCUCCUUCUCGUUCACCACGGGACAGAUCUUUUUAAGCCUGGUUAAGGAUUCUGCAAACUAUGCACGAACUCUACAACAGCUGUUCCGGCGAGGCCCACAACAAGUCCUCUAUGGCUGUCUCCCCAGCAAUUCUAUCAGAUAUGGAGUCACUGAGGCCUAUGAGUCGUCUCAUUCUUUGGCCAGUCGGAUAGCGGAUCAGAUCGUGGACAGGGUGGAUUCUGUGUCGGUGAGCACGGGCGACGAUCAACACGGGAUCCGACUGGUGCAGGAUCUUGCAGCCGACAACUCUCGGAAACCCUCAGUCAUCAUCAGUGUGCAAGACAAAUCAGCUACGCUAUAUGCAACAAGCAUGCUCUUCAGUUGGUUGCGUCAACAAGCCGUCCCACUCAGGCCAAACUCGCUCUACAUACGGUUUGAGACGCUUGAGGGCUUUCUUUUCAUUGACCAUCUCACUGCUCGAGAUCUAGAGCUAGUCCACAGUGGUGCUAAUUGUAACAAUAUCACUCACUCCCUAUACGGUGUAUUAAACCGGUGCCUUACGGCUGAAGGGAGACGUGCUUUGCGGACAGGACUACUUCAGCCUUCGAAUAACAUUGCUGCUAUCAACUCACGUCAAAACUCCGUUGAAGAGCUUUCAAAUGCACAAGAAGGCAACUUACUUCAAGGACUACGAAGGCAGUUAUCCCGCAUAAGUGAUAUUGAUAUCGAGGCCCUCGCAUACAAAUUUUUAUGUCUGGGACAGAACAUGGCAGGGACAUCACGUCAGCUGCAAGAUAAAAUGCAGAUGUUGAGGGCACUGUGGCAAGUGCUGCUCGCGGUUCAAGGAUUGUGUUCGGUUCUGGUAUCGACAAAAACGGCAGGCUUACGCUCAUGCUAUGAGAUUUUGCGAGACACGGCCGUUGAGGAUCUUUGCGCAUUGUCGCAAGAUUGGGUUCAUAUUAGUAGAGAAGACGAGGACUUUGGCAAGCGCAGGACCAAUAGCUACAUGUCCCGGCUGUAUAUGGUGAAGGACGAAAAAUCUCCACCUCUAGCUCUCGCUAGACGGGCGCUUGAGGAACAUAAACAGGAUUGCUUAUGUCUCGCCGAGAGGAUUGGCUUGGAGCAAGGCUUUCAAUGCAACUUAGAAUGGCGAGGAAUUAGGACGAGACUCGUCGCGAUCGUGAACUGCACAGAGUCCGUCUCUCUUCCACCAAACGCCAUAAAUCCUUCGAAAGUCGGGAAGAAAUUGCUCUUCUCAACUCCCGAGCUGACAGCGAUAAACGCUCGCAUUUCCAAGAUCGAGAAUAGCAUUCUCAGCCUUAGUGAACCCCUCAUUUCGGAUUUAGGUAAGAGCAUGCUUCACUACAUCCCUGCUCUGUACGAGUGGGCCGGAGCCAUCGCAAGCCUAGACUUGGCCGGGACUUUUGCGGAGCUGGCAAGAACUCAGAGAGGCUGGACUCGGCCCAGAUUCGCCAAUACCAUCGCGAUUCGCAAUGGGAGGCAUCCUCUGUUGGAGCAAUCCCUAGGUCCCGAAUGUGUUGCCAAUGAUGUAUAUUCGGUCCAUGGAUCGUCCUCGUUCUACAUUAUCGAGGGACCAAACAUGUCUGGGAAGAGCACUUUCCUGAAGCAAAUCGCCCUCCUGACUGUACAGGCAAUGAUGGGCUCGUACAUUCCAGCGGACCAGGGAACGGUCGUUCUUCAUGACAUCCUCCUGUCAAGGCUAUCCAACGAGGACUCGAUGGAGAAUGCGCUCUCAACAUUCGCUUCUGAGAUCACAACCAUGACCAUGAUGCUCGGCAUGGCAACAAGAAACUCCCUGCUGCUAGUCGACGAGCUGGGUCGGGGUACGUCGCCUCAAGAAGGGAUUGGACUCUCCUUUGCCAUCGCGGAGGCGCUGGUGCGAGCGAAAGUACGCGAAUUCUGCUGUGGAAAUGCUGUCUCCGGAAUUUAGAGCUUUGUCUUCUUCGCUACUCACUUUCACGAUCUAAUUGGACCUUUACAACGUCUGUCUGGUGUAACAAGUGCUCGACUGUCCACAAGAAGACUGGAGAGCAUAGCUUCAGGUGUACCUAUCACGACGUACGACUACAAAGUCUUGGAAGGUCCUUCGCAGACGAGGAGUCAUUAUGGGAUUGAGCUUGCUGGGGUGAUCGGUCUUCCGGCAGACGUGAUAUCACGUGCACAAGCUGUGGUACAA